GGGUAAAGGGUCGUUAACCAAAGUUUUGUAUUCCCGUUUUAGUACAGUUAGGGUUUGCAAUUGUCUGUAGAUGAAUUCAAUUGACGACGAUUGAAUUAAAAAAACUAAUCCGACUGGAUUCAUUUUGUGAAGAAUUCGAAUCAGCAACAUCAAAUGGUUCUUCAAGCUAUCGAAGUCAUGUUGAUGCAAGUACUCGACACUUUAUACUUCAUCCCAGUGAUGUUUAAUUGUGCCAAAAUCUAGUUUCUUUACUUGUUGAAAUAUAAUUUAUGAAUGUGUUGAUAAUUCUGUGGUGAAGGGUCAAACAUCAAUUUAUUAGGUGUUGUUACAUCUGGGAUGAAUGAUCAAGCAUCAAAUUUUCCUGAUCUGUUUAAGGAUGAUAAUUUGAGCGCUGGAGGCGUUGUCAAGGCCAAAGGCCAAGUUCUUAUGGAACUUGGUAAGUCUGAAAGGAGGGCACCCAAUAUGAACUGUCGUAUUGAAAGUUUUGGGAGGAUUUGUCAAUCAUUUGAUGAGCAACGACAACGUUGGGUUAGGGAAAUGGGGUUUGGAUCUUUGUUAAAUCUUGUUGACGUGCACCUACCUAGGCAGUUGGCCUAUUGGUUAAUGACACGCAUUGAUCCAUUUGGUAAGGUGUUAAGGAGUCCGGAUGGAAGGCUUCUUAAGCUCUUUACUAAUCAAGUUCAUUGGGUUUUGGGAAUUCCUAAUGGUGGUAAGGAAAUACCAACGUGGAAAAACAUUACGAAAGAAAUGAAGGAAAAAGUUCAGUGGAUUCAAUUAAAAUACAGGAAAUCUUGGGAGACAAGAGUAAUAAAAGUGGGUAGGGUAUACACUUUAAAUGGGAUUCCAGUGAAUUCAACUAUACUAGAUAGGUUAGAAGGUUCUUGGCAAGAUGAUGAUGAGGAGGAGUUCAAGACUGUAUUCCUUUUAGUUGUUUUGGAGAUGGUGCUAUGUCCAACGCACUCUCCUAGGCUUGCCUCUGAUCUUAUCCCUACAUUGUCUUGUGCAAUGGUCACGAUGGAGUAUGAUGGGUGCGAACUGGUGUUGGUGAAGUUGCUGGACAGUGUGGUCUCAUUUGCUCGCCGGUUUUACCGUAAAGGGUAUGCUGGAGGUUGUGGCGGAUGUCUAAUAUUCAUUGUGAUUUUAUACUUGGACGGAUUGCGUAGAGAUCCCUUGAGGCGGGGCAUUUUCCCGAGAGUCAAGGUGUGGGACAUGAAACAUAUUUGGAUAGCCAGCAAGGAAGAUCGGUUGGAAACCGGUGGAGAUUUUGGCAAACUAGGGUUGUUGGAUGUUGCAUAUGGUGAGGGUCAUCCGAAGGAAGCCUGAGACACUAAAGGACCUGUUUGUAGAUUGCAUGAUGCUGCUGAUUGUUAUGUGCCAUACAAUACCAAACGGCGGCCACGACGCGGUCCCCCCAAAAAAAGUGUGCACCAGCCAAACGUGGUGUAUUACAAAACCAAAGCAAAUAACAAAGCUCAUGACUUAGAGGACUCCAGACCUGUGAAGAGGAAAAAGAACCAAAUAUUCAACCCUAUCAUUGUUUCUGAGUUACUGUUUGAGACCAUUCAAAAUGGCCCAUUGUCUAGUAUGGCAGGGGGAGUAAAUUAUGGACCUCACUGGAAUGACUUUCAAA